UUUAUUUAUAAUGACUGGACGUGGAAAAGGCGGAAAAGGAUUGGGAAAAGGAGGUGCAAAAAGACAUCGAAAAGUACUUCGAGAUAAUAUUCAAGGAAUUACCAAACCUGCUAUUCGACGAUUAGCAAGAAGAGGUGGUGUUAAGAGAAUCAGUGGUUUAAUUUACGAAGAAACACGUGGAGUACUAAAAGUAUUUCUCGAAAAUGUUAUUCGAGAUGCAGUUACAUAUACUGAACAUGCUAAAAGGAAAACUGUAACAGCAAUGGAUGUAGUUUAUGCAUUAAAACGCCAAGGCAGAACAUUAUAUGGUUUCGGCGGAUAAGUUAUUAAGAUUGAACAUCAAUUUUUUUUUAAAAAUUACAACCGGCCCUUUUUAGGGCCACCAUAUUUUUUGAACGUAUGAUAACUCUUCAUUUAUACAAUGGAACUAUUUAUUAUGAACUAUGUUAUAUUAUUUAUAUUUAUAUGUUAUAUUUUAUUUAUAUUUAUUAUGUUAUAUUAAAAUAAAUAUUUUAA